AUGUCGUACGCGUACUUGUUCAAAUACAUAAUCAUUGGCGACACAGGCGUGGGCAAGUCGUGUCUGCUGCUGCAGUUUACGGACAAGCGCUUCCAACCGGUGCACGACCUCACGAUUGGCGUGGAGUUUGGCGCGCGCAUGAUUAACAUUGAGAACAAGCAGAUCAAGCUGCAGAUCUGGGACACGGCUGGACAAGAGUCGUUCCGCUCGAUCACGCGGUCGUACUAUCGUGGCGCAGCAGGAGCCCUGCUGGUCUAUGACAUUACGCGACGAGAAACGUUCAACCACUUGACGAGGUGGUUGGAAGAAGCACGUCAGAACUCGAACUCGAACAUGGCGAUCAUGCUGAUUGGCAACAAGAGCGACUUGGAGCACCGUCGCGCUGUGAGCUUUAAAGAGGGCGAGCAAUUCGCCAAGGAGAAUGGCCUCAUUUUCCUCGAAACGUCUGCGAAGACUGCUGCUAACGUGGAAGACGCGUUUGUCAAGACGGCGUCGAAGAUCUACUCGAACAUCCAGUCGGGCGUCUGCGAUGUGACGAACGAGGCGCAUGGCAUUAAGAUGGGAAUGACUGGCUCGCCUGGCCCUGGCGGUUUCGGCAACUCGAACCCUCCGGCCAAAAGCGGCUGCUGCUAG